AUGCAACCCUUCCGUGAGCUUAUUAAACCUAAUCAAAAGUUCUACUGGGACGAUACCUUAGAUACUCUGUUCGAGUCAUCCAAGUCCGUCCUCAUCGACCUUGUGAAAGACGGGGUGCAAUCGUACGACAUCUCCAGAACCACCUGUAUCCAACCCGAUUGGAGUAAAGAUGGGGUCGGUUACCUCCUGCUACAAAAGCAUUGUCAGUGUGCUAUUGUGUCUCCUUUUUGUUGCGAAAAUGGUUGGAAACUUAUCCACGCAGGAUCUCGUUUCACAAAUCCAGCGGAAAGCAACUAUGCAGCAACAGAGGGUGAGGCAUUGGCAGUGGCCUGGUCCCUUGAACACUCCAGACUAUUCACUCUGGGGUGCCCUAACCUUGUAGUGGCAACUGACCACAAGCCGCUACUAGGGAUCCUCAACGACCGCGCCCUGGAUCGGAUCUGCAACCCGCGAGUACAACGCCUUAAGGGGAAGACACUUCAUGGCGGUUUUCUAUCAUUCAUUGUCCGGGCAAGUGGACCAAGGGUCCCGACGCACUAUCGAGGUAUCCCACAACAAUUGCCGCUGCUCUCCGAGACAUCCGGGAACAAGCCUCAGAUUAUGAUGUGAUGCAAUGCAGCGACGUUGAAGAUGCUCCUUACAUUGCCAGUACUUGUGCCCUUCAGCAGAUUGGUAGUGUUACGUUUGAUCAUAUCGUUUCUGCUGCUCGAUCAGAUGAUGAAUAUCAGACGUUACUAAAGUUAAUUUCUUGCAGCUUUCCUGGGAAGCGCAACUUGGUGGAACCAACAUGUAUGCAUAAGUACUGGGAAGUCCGCCAUCGCCUCUCAACCUUCCAGGGUGUCGCCUUGUUAGAUCAACGCCUGAUCAUUCCUGCGAAACUUAGAAACGUUGUCCUGAGCACUUUACACUCAGCAAACCAAGGCACGACAGGCAUGAAAUUCCGUGCAUACCAGUGUGUGUAUUGGCCAGGCAUGGACAGAAGUAUACAAAUCCACCGUGAAACCUGUCAAGAUUGUAUUCGACAUGCGCCCUCCCAUCACGCGGAACCUUUAGUGCUAACUCCAAGUCCAUCCUAUCCAUUUCAACAAGUGUGCGCCGAUUAUUUUCAAAUCGAGGGCCACUCAUAUCUCGCGGUUGUCGAUCGAUUCAGCGGCUGGCUUUGCAACUAUGCAUUCAAAGCACACGAAGUCAAUCAUUGGACUCUCCAGCACAUAUUCCGCAACCUUUUUAUCGCUUAUGGCGUCUCUGAAGAACUGAGCACCGACGGUGGCCCACAGUUCACUGCUGAAGCUUUUCAGCAAUUCCUGAAGUUAUGGGGCGUCAAUCACCGGCUCUCAUCAGCAUCCUACCCACAAAGCAAUGGAAGAGCAGAAGUGGCUGUUAAGGCUGCUAAACGCAUUAUUCACAACAACCGCUCGUCAGAUGGUGGGCUUAACACUGAUACGGCUGCUCGCGCCAUACUCCAGUAUCGUAACACUCCAUUACCAGAUAUCGAGCUGAGCCCUGCCCAAAUUUUGCUUCACCGUCAACUACGUGACAGUAUUCCAGCCCAUCCUGAUCACUAUCAGCCCCAUAAGGAGUGGGUCCUUACAGCCGAGGAGCGUGAAAAAGCACUCAGCAAGCGAAAUCACAUCCUGGUCAAGAACCAUGAUGCUACAGCACGCAAGCUUCGGCCCCUUGUUCUUGGCACCAAUGUGGUCGCGCAAGGGGAAAACCAAGAGACAUGA